AUGUCGGGUGACGGGCCCAUCGGUAACGUUCCGCUGCUGGACACUGACGACGUAACAAAAACGCUCACAACCGUGCAGACACAAGACGGGAAGCAGUCCAGCACGGUGCUGUUGUCUGCGGAAUCACCGUCGCCAACGUCUUUUACGACGUUAUCCUCCUCCUCGACCACUUCCUCCCUAACGUUGCCAACUGAGCUAGCUGUGCUGCCAUCAGCAACCAUCUUGCAACCGUUCCACGAUCAACCUUCAUCCAGUAUCAGUACGUUGGGAGCAAUCGGCGAGAGCAAAGGGCGUCAUCGUAUCGACCUGUGCGAUAAACUCUCGUCGAACGGUGUUAGUGGCGUACGUGGUGGUGGUGGUGAGGAGCGAGACGCACUAGACGAGUGCAGCGUCAACGCAGCCGUGUCGGGAAAAACAAAACGCCGGAACCAGAGCCGUCAGCGGCCGGAAGACACGGAGCACCGGUCGGAGUCCGGCGCAAGGCGGACGGGUAGUACGAGUUCGAACGGGGAGGAGGCGGGAUCGGGGCUGGGGAUCGGUGUGGAGGAACCUUCCGGCAGCUCGGUGCUACCGGAUCUACCGUCUGCCGGCGACGACCGCAGCAAGGAGCUGACCGACGGUAACGAUUCGGCAACGACGACGACGACGACACGCAUUAUUGCGGAAGGGGAAGGCGCCGAUCCCGCCCAAUUGUCCGGCACAACCGAAAUUGAGCCCGCCAGACAGGACCACAGUAUCUACGAGAAGAGAGCCGAGGAAGAGGAGCAGGAGCGACAGGAGGCCAGUGACAGUAAACCGUGCGACGGUAACAUCAUACCGUGUAAGCGCAGCAGCGCCGACAGCAGCAGCACGUGCGGGUCAGAAAGCGGUGGUCGGGCGGCGGGUGGCAUCGCUGGUGGUGGGGUAGCCGAGCGGCCGGACCGACUCGAACCAGACGAAGACAAUCAGCCACAGCCGCAGGAGCAGGAGGUACGGUUGCCCGGCCGCGACACUACAGACACCAUGCCCGUACGCGUCGACAUCGUGCCGCCGCCACCAAACAACUCCAAACAGCUCGGCGUCACAAAAUCCCUGCUUUACAACGGUUCCAAGUUUCGCGGUUCACAAAAAUCGAAAGGAAACGCCUACGAAGUGGAGGUGGUACUCCAGCAUGUCGACGAAGCAAACUCUUAUCUGUGCGGAUAUCUUAAAAUCACCGGACUUACGUUCGAAUUCCCAACUCUAACGACCUUCUUCGAUGGCGAAAUUAUAUCGCGAAAGUAUCCCUUUCUGACACGCAAAUGGGACGCGGAUGAGGAUGUAGAUAGAAAGCAUUUUGGAAAAUUUGCUGCCUUCAGCGAGUACCAAAAGACGUUCAACUCGGACGACUUUGAUUAUGAUGCGCUCGCGAAGAGUGACUAUGUUUUUAUGCGCUGGAAGGAACACUUUCUGGUACCUGAUCACAAGAUAAAAAACAUCAAUGGAGCGUCCUUUGCUGGGUUCUAUUAUAUUUGCUUCCAGAAAUCGCAAGCCGUUAUGGAGGGUUACUAUUACCAUCGCUCUUCAGAAUGGUAUCAAUCGUUAACCCUGCAACAUGUAGCCGAAUCCUGCAUUCAAAUCUACGAGUUUAGAUAA